AUCCUGAAGCGAAUCUGGGACAUCUCCGACCGACAGAAGCGUGGUCUCGGCUGGGAGGAGUUCGUGGUGACCAUGAAGCUGAUCUCGGCUGCGCAGAAGAAGCGGCCAAUCUUUACUGUUCCAGCCGCUUUGUGCGGCGCUCCGUUCCAUGCAUGGGAGUGUGUGCACCUUCUCUCCAUGGGAGGGCAAAAGUUUGA